CCGCACAGAGAUGCUGUGAGACUGCAGCAUCCUCCGCUCAGAGCGCACGAGCACGGAAAAAACAACAAAAACAACAGAACGCCAGAGAGAGAGAGAGAGAGAGAGGGAGAGAGAAACGGCGUCUCGGUUGAGCUUGUGUUCACGCACCGCGUUCUCUCCUCUGGACUUUUACACACACACACAUACACACGCACACACACACACACACACACAUAUCUGAGUGUAGCCCGUCGAGCUCGCGCGGGGCUGCGUUCAUGUACGAGACGAGGAGCGUCUUCAGCGUCACAUUAUUUGCUUCAUCUUUGUUUUCUCGUUGCUUAUUCGCCCCGUUUGUCGUCUAGCCUUUUGAUUUUCUUUUUAUUUUUCUUUUUGGUUGUUUUAACAUUUUCCUCCCGGCUCUGCAUAUCCAUGAGGUCGAGGAGCGUCAUCACAGAAGACAGGAGCGGCGCUUCAUAGGACGGAAUAAACUCGCCACGAGACCUAGAUACCCUGAUUCAUCUUCUCUGCUCUCCUCGUUUGUGAAGCAGCCUGCCGGACCUCCGCGCGCUGGUCUCCAGUCGUUGAUGUGACUCGCUGAUCGCGCGCUUACAGGCUCGCCUUUCCUCGGCUCCCCAUACAAACACACAUACACACGCGCACACACACACACACGGUCGAGGUGGUUCUCUUCACCGUCUACACACACUUCACAUUUCCAUCCGUGCCGUACAGAGAGAGAGAGAGCGAGACACGCAGAGGGGCCCACACGAGGCAGCAGUCGUAGCAGGCGUGAGAAAAAUGAUGGCCGGCGGGGCAGUGCAGCAAAACGGCAUCUUCUCCAACCCGCACCACCACAGUCAGCAGCCGCACAUGGAGUCAGACCCGCCGGACUCCCGCAAAAGACCGCUGGAGACCCCGACGGAGGCCAGCAGCACCAAACGCACCAACACGGGAGAAGAAGGCGAGUACUUUUUGAAGGUGCUGAUCCCAAGCUACGCAGCAGGCUCCAUUAUUGGCAAAGGUGGUCAGACGAUUGUGCAGUUACAGAAAGAGACAGGUGCCACCAUCAAGCUGUCCAAAUCCAAAGACUUCUACCCAGGAACGACUGAGCGUGUUUGCUUGAUCCAGGGCACAGUGGAGGCCCUGAACAGCGUCCAUGACUUCAUAGCUGAGAAGGUGCGGGAGAUGCCUCAGAGCGCCCCUAAAACAGAGCCGGUCAGCAUACUUCAGCCACAGACCACUGUUAACCCUGACCGCAUCAAACAGGCCAAGCUGAUUGUGCCCAACAGCACAGCGGGGCUGAUCAUUGGUAAGGGUGGAGCAACAGUGAAGGCCGUGAUGGAGCAGUCUGGGGCAUGGGUGCAGCUUUCCCAGAAGCCAGAGGGCAUCAACCUGCAGGAACGUGUGGUCACUGUCAGUGGAGAACCCGAGCAGAACCGCAAGGCUGUGGAGAUCAUUGUACAGAAGAUCCAGGAAGACCCACAGAGCAGCAGCUGUCUCAACAUCAGCUACUCCAACAUCUCUGGUCCCGUGGCAAACUCCAACCCCACUGGCUCCCCUUAUGCUAACUCGGCUGAGGUGAUGCCGGCCGCUGCAGCUGCUGCUGCAGCCACUGCCUCUAGCCUCCUGGGGCAGGCCAGCCUGGCUGGGGUGGGGGCUUUCCCGGCCGCUAUGUCCAGCUUCUCAGGGAAUGAUCUUCUGGCCAUCACAUCUGCCCUCAACACGUUAGCCAGCUACGGAUACAACACCAACUCCUUAGGCCUGGGGCUCAACCCUGCUGCUGCCUCUGGAGUCCUAGCUGCUGUAGCAGCCAGUGCUAACCCCGCUGCAGCUGCUGCUGCUAACCUGCUGGCCUCCUACGCCAACGAUGCUUCUACCAGCACAGGUCACCCCGCUACUGGCCUUGGAGGCUUCACGCUGGGCUCUCUGGCCGCUGCCACUGGGGCCACCAAUGGGUACCUGAGUGCCGCCUCCCCAUUAGUCGCUAGCUCACUGCUAGCCACCGAGAAGCUGGCUGAAGGGGCCAAAGACGUGGUCGAGAUUGCUGUGCCCGAGAACUUGGUGGGAGCCAUCUUGGGCAAGGGUGGCAAGACGCUUGUGGAGUACCAGGAACUGACAGGAGCCCGAAUCCAGAUCUCCAAAAAGGGAGAGUUUGUUCCUGGCACCAGGAACCGAAAAGUUACCAUUACAGGAUCGCCUGCCGCCACACAAGCAGCUCAGUAUCUCAUCAGCCAGCGAAUUACGUACGAGCAGGGUGUGAGGGCCACCAAUCCGCAGAAGGUGGGCUAAACAGGGAGAGAGAAAGAGUGGGGUAUGGAAAGAUACAGAGGAAGAGAAAGGAGGGCAAGAAUUUUGAAGAAAAUCAUCAUCAAGCUUUGUGCAUAUUUCAGUAUUAAAAAAAGAUGGAAAAUGUAGUCCACUCUGAAAGAAGAAGAAUGAGUCAAAUCGAAAACCAAGAAAAAAAUGUGUAAAAUGUAUAUAUGGGUUUAUUUCUUAAGUUUUGAUCUUUUUGGGAUUUUUUAUUGGUUGAUUUUUUUUUCCUUUGAUCUUUUUGUUUUUUUUCUGGACAACGGUAUUUCAGACUGGCAUGCUUCCGCGCUGCAGCUCACAGCAGGCGGGGGG